UAUAUAAACCGCUCGGAAUCAUGUUUAGUUUGUUGGUUUUUUGCAUCCAUUGCUUCCGAGGCCAGUUGUUUUGUCCUGGCCACCCGUGACUCGCUAGUAAUAGUGGAUGAGUUGGGCAGGGGCACUUCGACCUACGAUGGAUUUGGACUGGCCUGGGCCAUCUCGGAAUAUCUUGCGUGUCACGUGGGGUGCUUCUGUCUCUUCGCUACUCACUUUCAUGAACUCACCUCUCUGGCCCAUCUUUUGCCUGGCCUUGUGGCCAACUAUAGGGUGUCUGCCGAAAUUCUCCAACAUUCUCCCUCUAAGAUCUCUGAUUCCGAUGUCGUUAUGCUUUACAAGGUUGAACCUGGUCAGUCUAAUUGA